AUGGCGUCGAUGGUGCUCCCGCAGUUUGACGGAUACGCAGAGAACCGCAAGGCCAAGAAGAAGGCUCACAAGAAGAAAAAGAAACAGAAUAAGAACAAGCAGUCGGCGCAGGGUGACUCUAACGCCCCUAGUCGCAGCGAGUCUCCUCCGUCGUACAAGAGUACGGCUGACGAUGCCGAUGCUAAUGCUGCCCAGUCGCGCGCUCCAUCUUCUGUGGAUACGCUGCGCCUACCGCUGAUUGUUGAUGGGGCAUCCUGGGGGAAGAAGCAUGCCCAGGCUCAGAGUCAAUCUGGCUAUGGUGUGAAUCACGCUUCUCACUCCUACCCUGACACCUCUUUUGCCGCACAAAGCUCGGCUGCUGCUUUGCAUUCCCCUUCCAUUGCGGCAGCCACUGAAGAGACAAUCCGCGCUUCGAGUGUGCAGAGUCGGAUCCACGCGGACGUGAGCCACUCUUCCACGGACCCCAAGAAACUGCCCUAUUGCCAAUUUCAUGGAACGGCAACCUGCCGAUUCGAUCCUGCAUGCUGUGUUCACAAGGCCCGGGCCGAUUGCGACUGCCCACGUCGGCCCUCAUGCUGCUGUGUCCAUCACGCUGGAGAUUGUUGUACCUGCGUGUACGUUCCGCGAAGCGGAUAUCUCAAUGGAGCGUACAGCUUGGUGGGCAACGAAUAUUUACCAUCGUAUGCGCCGCACCCAGUCGUCAAGCACGGCGCCGGGAUUUCAGCUGAUCCCAACCACGUUUCUGAAAACUGGCCGUUGAAAGAGAAUGGAAUGAGCUCUAAGCAUUCCGCUGAAAAUCGGCCUUUGCAUGAAAAUGGAGGCGCAAAGAAACAUUCCGAUGCCGCUACGGAGUAUGACAACGGUUCCCUCGCCGCGUACGUCCUUCGCCUCUAUGACAGCGACGAAUUUCACGACUGCCGGAUCCUAUUGAAGUCGGGCAAAGACAACUUUCCACCAAUCACCAUCCGCACACACAAGGUGUUGAUCGCUCGUAGCCCUCUUCUCGCCUCGAUUUUGAAGUCACCUGCAACCAAGCAGGAAAUACCCGAAAUAGUAGCCAUGGCCGGUGAGAACUUCUUGUUGGUCAAGGCGUUUGGAAUUGCGCUUCAGAGUCUGUACGGGUUGGCCCUCUUGAACCAGAAACGGCUCAGAUCCAUGACGCUCUUCAGUCUGGGGUACACCGAAGAGAGUAUCAAGUCGUCUCCAUAUCCAAUCAACACGGCACUGGCGGACUUUGCCAUGUGCUACGCCAGCUCCGGGGCUUUCCUUCAGCGACGUGAUAUCGUUGAAACAGGUAUCAAGCUGAUUGUAGAAGCCAUCAACUGGGACAACAUCGAAUUGAUUUUCUACUUCGGCUUCUGCAUAUCCAAAUUUCUCAUCACGGCUCCUCAGAUUGCAGAGCCUGAGGAAUCCUCGCCCGACCAGCCAGUCACCGACAACCAGGGAACGCCAGACAAGGCCAACGACGCCAAUGACGAACUUCAGACCAAGUGGGCUCCGCAUCUGCUAACCGCCGCGUUGGACUUUGUCAUCAGCCGCAUGGAAGCCGGAUUCACCUUGUUCCCUCAGGCCCACUGCAAAGGCAUGCCCGACCGAAUCCCCGAAUACUUGCACUCCUCUCCAACCCCUUCCCUCCCCAACCCGAAGCUGGCAGAGGUCAAGUUCGGUUCGUUCGCGGCUCUCGAGGAACAGAAGCAAGGCCCGGAGAUCGUGACCACCUCGGCCGUCCUCGUGUGCCUGCCAUUCAAGCACUUGAAAGAGGCCUUUGUCAAAAUGAAUGCACGCCGGAUUCUGUCGAGUAAUCUGGCCCAGGCCAUCUUGCUAGAGCGCGAGCAACGACGGGUUCAGGCCCUGCGUGCGUUUGCUCGGCUGCGCGCCCAGAGCAGCGAGCAGGAGAUCCCAUCGGAGAUACUCGAGCUGGGUUAUCGCGAGUUCUUUACUUCGAGAAACGUCUUCUCGGACACAGAGGAUGACUCGGCCACCGCAUCUCUGGAGAUUUCUCUGGAAAGGGAAUGGAUUGGUUUGGCGGUUGGAGAGGUAGUCGUCAAGCACAGGGUGAUCAAAGAGGCAAAGGAGUAG